CAAAAUAAUAAGUGAAAGGAUAAUACAAAAAACCCAAAGAAAAUAAAAUAACAACACAUAUAUGUAUGUAUGUACACAUGUAUAUUAUAUGCAUAUAUACAUAAAUUUAAAAUCAAUUUAUCAAAAUCAUUGAACAAUAAAUAUACAUACAUACACAAACACAUAACAGUACAUGUUAUAAUAAAUAAUAUUAAUAUAAUACAUGUAUAACAGAAUGUUCUAUACAUAUUAUAGACAAAAUAUUAUUAUGUAAAAGAAAAACAUAACAUACAUUAAGCAAAAUAGUGUUUAUAUAAAUUACGUAUAUGAAUAUAAAAGAAUAACAACAAAUCGGAACGAGAAAAAAUCGAAUAAAAAAAUUAGACAAAAAAAAAUAUUAAUACAUAAUAAUCAAUAAACAUACAGUUCUGUUAAAUCAAAACUGCUAUACACAUUGUACUGUAAAACAAGGCUAAAUAAAGAAAAAUUAUUGUGGCAUAAUUCUAUUAUACAAUAAAAUAAAAUUUAUAAUUUAUGAAAUGUAGCACAAAACAGUAUUAUUACUUACCGUUAAACAUACCUACUUACAUAUACAAAAUAGUCCAGAAAUAAAAAUAAAAAUUCAUAAAAUUAGAAAAUCAAAUACUCCAAAGACUCUGAAAACUUAGGAAUUUUAAUAUUUCAUGAACUUGCAUACAUAAGUAUAUAAAAUCAAAAUAAUUGAAUAACAAUAAGGAUAAAACGCAGAAAAAUAAAGAAAAACAGUUACAGAAACAACAAAAAAAAAAUUAUUAUAAUUCUUAAAUGGAUAGAAAUAAUAAAUAACAGGAAAAAAUAAUAAAUCUUUAAUGGAAUACAAACAUACAAACUUAUAUAACAGUUAUAUAAUAUUGUAAAUCAAUACACUAUUAUAAAACAUAGUGUAUAACAGUAUUAAACAUAAAUUCCAGAAUAAUUUCUAUUCAUAUAUGCUUAACAUGAAAUUAUAUUUAACACACAAACAUACUUUUAAAUGAACAACUCAUUUUUGCCAAAAAAAAAUAUAAGUAAUAAAUAAAUAAAUAAAGUAUUAGUGAACACAGAAAAAAAACAAACAUAAAAUGUAAGUAAAUAAUAUUAGUAUAAGAAAAAACAAAAUAUAACAAUAAUGUACAUGCAAAAUAAAACCUAAUGUACAAAAUAAUAAUUUACAUUUCUGAAAACAAAUAACAACAGAGGGAAAAAAAAAUUUGUAAUAAAUAAUAACGGUGUUUAAUAUACAAAAUUAUUAUAUAUAUAUGUAUAUAUUUAACCAUGUAUGUACAUAUAUUUUAAAUCAAUAUUUUAAAUAUCUACUAUUGUAAGCCAAAAACAAACAAAAACCAACAACCAAAAUUAACAACAACAAUACAUAUUUAUUAUAACGUAACGGGAUUGUAUAACACAAAUUAAAAAAAAAUAUAAUAAAACAUCGAGAGGAGAGCGAAAAAAAACAAGAGUAUAAAAAAAUAAUUAACACAAAAAAAAGCAGCGAGAGAAAAUUAAUAUACUCAGAGUAUUUAAAAACAACAAAUAAAAAACAAAAUAUAAUACACCUAAAUAUACUAGAUAUACUCGUAUAUAUACACAUAUACAUAUACACAUGUGUAAAUUAAUAUAUUAUUAUAUUAUAAGUAUAUUUAGGUAAUAUAAUAUCAAAACCUAAUAAAAAUAAUAGUAAAUAAUAUAAAUAGAAAAAUAAAAGAGAAGAAAAUUAUUAUAAAAAAUCUAAAAUAUAAUUAUUAUAAAUAUAAAUUAAUUUCUUAUUAUAUAAUAUAUAUAAGAUAUAUAAGAUUAGUGUAUAAUAAUAGCUAAAGAUAAAAUAAUAAUAAUAAAAAAAAAAAAUAGGAAAUUUAUUAAAAAUAAUAGUGGAAAUCAUGUUUAAGGAUUAUAAGCGAAGGAAUGGAUAUAACAUUGUUUAUUCAUAUUUGUUGCUGUUGACACUUUUAGAAAGCCAAACAAUAUGUAGUGAAUUACCACAUCAUUAUUGGGACAAUCCAUAUCUUGAACCAUAUUUUGAUAAUACAACACGCCGUGAUGUUACGGUUACAGUGGGUCAAACUGCAUUAUUACAUUGUAAAGUUAAAAAUUUAGGUGAUAGAGCGCAGGUAUCAUGGAUACGUAAAAGGGACUUACAUUUACUAACAGUUGGUAUAUUAACAUAUACUAGCGAUCAAAGAUUUCAAUCAUUACAUAUAGAUGGUUCUGAAGAAUGGACAUUAAAAAUAUCAUCACCACAACCACGUGACACCGGUACUUAUGAAUGUCAAGUAUCAAUGGAACCAAAAAUAAGUCAACGUUUUAGUUUAAAUGUAGUUGUAUCUAGAGCAAAAAUAAUUGGGAAUACAGAACUCUUUAUAAAAAGUGGUAGUAACAUAAAUUUAACAUGUGUUGUAAUGCAAUCACCUGUUGCACCAUCAUUUAUAUAUUGGUAUAAGGGUAAUCGUGUAUUAAAUUAUUCACAAAGGCGUGGAAUUAAUGUUUAUACAGAGCGUUCAACAAAAACAAGUAGAUUAUUAAUAACAAAAGCAACUGCUAUGGAUUCAGGGAAUUAUACAUGUUCACCGAGUAAUUCAGGAUCAGCUAGUGUUAUUGUUCAUGUAAUUAAUGGUGAACAUCCAGCUGCAAUGCAACAUGGCAAUAGUAGUGCUAGCAGUUUAUCAUCAAUUUUAGAUAAAUUUAAAAUGUCAUCCAGAGUGUCAACGACGAAUAAUUAUUUACUUUUUAGUAGUUAUAAAAAUUCAUGGAAUUUUAUGCUCCAAUUAUUAUCGUAUCGUUCAUUGUUAAUUAUUUUAAUUUCAGUUUUUAUGAUUUGUCUUAUUUCUCCAACGUGAAGGUUCUAAAGAAAAUCUCACAGAUACAACGGCGGCCAUAUCAAUUUGGCUGCUAUAUGGAAUCUGACCAAGUAUUCGGGCACAAUUUAUAUCCUUGUAAGGGUAAGUAAAUUUCAAAUUGUAUAUUUAACAAAAAGCUAAGAAAAUUCACGAAUUUCACUAGAUUUGUUCAGAUAAACCGGUUAAGUUUCAGUGUAUAGAUAAAAGGCUUCCAAGUUCUUUAAUUUUUAUUUGAAAUUUUAAAACCAACUACAGGAAUAUAUUAAAUUCUUCAGAACUGUAAGUUUUAAAUUAUUAAGCAUUUUUAUUAAGCAGUUAUUAACCAUUAAACCGUUCCUGUAAAUAUAGUAAUAAAAAUUUAAUUUAAAUUAUAUUUGAGGUUUUAAUAAAACCGCAAUUUCAAUGCACAUAAUUAAAUUUUAUUAACGUUAAUAUUUAUUUUAUGAAAUUUUUUCUACAACAUGUUCUUUAAAUUACAUUACUUUUAGUGAUGUCAUAAUUUAAUAAUUUAUAUGAAAACAUGCAUAACAUAAUACCGAAUUUUUCAUUUAUUUUAAACUAAAUACCAAAAAUCGAAACUAAUUAUAUUAUCUUGUAAUAACCGGUCGCUUCAACGUUAUGCCGAAAAUUGCAAAAACCCUAUUAACUUAAGAAAUUCAUAGAGAAAUUACAAAAUAGACACUCAAAUUAAAAUUCUAAAUAAUUUUGUUAACUUUUCCAUUUUAUUUAUUUUUUCCAUUCUAUA